AUGCCCCGGCGCCGAGUUGGCUUUCUCGCCGUGGCGUUGGCUUUCUCGGCGAGCAUCGCAUCCCGCGCGCAUGCGCGCGCGCUCGAGGCGUUGGCUUCGUCAACUUGCGUGUCCUGCGCUUGGUCAUCGGCGCUCGAGAGCAUGGACGUCGCUGCGCCGAGAGAUGUGCUGGACGCGGUGAAACGCGCCGAACGAGAAUUGGCGGCGUGCGGCCUCGGCGGCUUUCUUGACCGCCUCUUUGAGCUCGGAGGUGCGAACGUGUCGAUGGAUGUAGCCCAUGCGUACACUGCGAGUCAGGAGUUCUGCUCUGGGACAUCCGAAAUCCAAAAGGAGAUGCGCACGAGGGCGUUGGUGGCGGCGAAACGGGCUAGAAUUCUCAUCGACUUUAUAGCCCUGCAUGCGCGGGCCUGUUCCGCACCCAUCUUCAAGCUUUCGAGAGAGGACGACGCGAGUGCGGUUGAGUUAUUGCGUGAGAUGAUGAGUGAGUCAUAUCGCGUUAUUUCUUCCGGGCUGUGCUACGAGGACACAACGAGGUUAACGUCGUCGAUCCAGGGCGUGAUCGACACGAGACGCCUCGCGCAAAGCGCCAGACGGUCGCUUCUAGAAGAUCUCGAUCGCUCGGGGUUGAGGUACAUGGAGGACGCGUUCUACAACGAAACAGUCGCGCGAGAUAUGAUAUCGGCUUUUGCGGCGUACGAUAUCUGCCGGAGCACUGGGAGAUGGAAGUCGACGGUGUCGGACAGCAUGUUUGACGCGAUGCGAGCGCAUUACACGAGCCUAGAUUUCAUAUUGACAGGCUUGAGCGGUGUGGAGUCGAACAACACCAGUGGCGCUCGCACUUUUGCGUUUCUGGUCAACGCAGCGUACGAUGUGUUGAGAAGUGCCGAGGCUUGUCGAGAAGCGAAAAACAUACUACCUGGGCGGUACUUCGUUUCGAAUGUAUUCGAUGCCAUCAUGGCGGAGCUCUCGCUCGAAUGCGGCUUGCUCUCGACUGGAUUACACUUUCUCGAUGUGUACAGUCGCGGACACGGAAGUUUACUUCUAUCUUUGGAGAUUAAUGAGAUAUCUCGUCACAUCGCGCUCUGCGAAGCCGGAAACACGACGGCAAAGACUUCGAUGUUUGGCCUGAACGAGCGCGCGCUGGUGGAGCUGAUCGGCGGGUUGGAAAUCAUCGACGCGUCCAUGGUGGGAUGCCGUCGAGGCCGCGACGAUAGCACGGCGGCCAGCAGGCUCGCGCAAUCGUUGCUACACGCGCUUAGGACAUUUCGCGAACGACGUUGUUUCUUCACCGCCACCACUGGAGAAGCGUCCGUCGCGGCGGCGGUGUCCAUUCCAGAGUAUUCCGCGUUUUAUUCGGCAACGCCGACGAACGAGGUCAUCAAGGUACACGCCAAGCCCACGCUCGCGUCGGCGAUUCUUUCCGCCACGAUGACGACUGUUUUUGUCUUCUUGGUGGCAUUUCUGCUGGCGAUCGCCUACUGGACGUUCCCACGCGCGAAACUCAGACGGAAUUCCAGCAGACGAUACGAGCAUUUUACAUUCGCCGCCGUCGACGAGAACAAGGCGGCCCGCCAAUCCACGAGCGACCGCCACCCCCCGGGAUCUCUCGAGCGCUUACAACGAACGACGACGACUCCAACGCGAACGCGCAGAAGAUCGUUCUGCGCCAGCGAAACGUCCACCGUCGCACGGACGAAAUCGCUCGAUCCGUAUCUUCACUUUUCGUGA